AGCUUGUUCAAUUUACAAAAGACUUACCAGCAACAUAUCUUGCCAGUUUUCAAGGCAGCUGAAAACUUACCUUCAUGAUAAAGUUCACGACAUCUUAUCAAUCCAACAAUUCCGUGGGGGCACACCAUCUCUCACAUACUUUCCUUCCAUCCAGUAGUCUCUCCCUGCUCCACGCUGUUGAGAUAAGCUCACCAUACCCCGCAAGUUAGUUCGCGGGAGCGGGAUGCUGCGUUUGUUUUCAAUCUAUUCAUAGUGCGGCGGACACGUGGGCAGCGCCCGAGAACGCCUCGCGCGGUCUAUCUCCACGAUCCGUCUUCCCAGACGGGAUGGCACACCAGAAAUGUAUUGUGACUCGAAAGAGUUGCGCAUCACGAGACUUCCUCAUAAAUACUCGGUGCUGUGAUGUGAUUCCUGUACCACUACCCAACGUGCUCUGCCUCCCCAUUCGAUAAAUGUAAAGAACUAAAAUGUUUUGAUUCUUUUGGGUCUACUACUAAUCAGAUAUCGUUAUCUGACACGAAACUCUCUCGGUUCACAAGGCAUGAACCGAAAUGCCUAUGAUCGUCGUGGUCAUGUCAAGCGGUGUACAAGUGCUAUUGUACGUCUUGGGAUUACAAUGACACAACACCAACAUCAAUACCAUUUACAUCCCAUACCAGAGGAACUUGUUUCCUGUCGAGCAAACUCAUCGUUGAGAAUUGAUGGGCCUCCUACCCGGGGUCAUUCAAAUCCAAGCGCUAUUCUCUUCUAGGAAACCGAGCACAAUUCCCGCGAACUCCCGAGUCCGCGUCAACACUCUCUAAGCGAGUUGAUCAGAGAGUAAACUGUAGACCUUAUAAGUACAAUCCACAGCCCCAUGACAAGAAAGUCGUCUUCAUCACAGGCGCCAACACAGGUCUCGGCCUCGAAAUAGCCAAAGCCUUAUACAAAACCCCCCAACCAUACCACAUCAUCAUCGGCAGCCGACUCAUCAGCAACGGCGAAUCCGCCAUCGCCGCCAUCCAACAAGAAGCCAACCCCUCAUCACCCAGCAGCACCACCCUCAGCGCCAUGCAACUCGACCUCUCCUCCGACGCCUCCAUCACCCAAGCCAUCCAAUACAUCACCUCCACCUUCCACCGCCUCGACAUCCUCAUCAACAACGCCGGCGCCUCCUUCGACGCCCUCCUCCGCGACAACGCACUCAGCAUCCGCGACGCAUGGAACCAAUCCUGGGACACCAACGUAACCGGCACGCAAGUCCUGACCAGCGAAGCCAUCCCCCUCCUCCUCAAAUCAAGCUCGCCAAGACUGAUUUUCAUCACGAGCGGGACUUCUGCGCUCGCGUAUACGGACAGGUUUGAUCACCCUGCGUUGCAGCGGAUUAAUGCCUCGCCUGCGCCCGGGUGGCCGAAGCGGGAGAUGGAGAGGGAAAUUAACCCGAUUGAGGCGUAUAGGAGUGCGAAGACGGGGCUGAAUAUGAUGAUGAGGCAGUGGUUUCGGAUUUUGAGGAAUGAUGGGAUGAAGGUUUGGGCGGUGUCGCCCGGGUUUUUGGCGACUGGUUUGGGGGGCGUGGGGGUUGAGGAGUUGAGGAAGGUGAGUGGGGGAGAUACCUAGCGUGUUCAAGAGAUGGUGAUGGGCUUGCUUGCUGACUGGUGGGCUUUUUAGAUGGGAGCGAGAGAUCCGGCGGAGGGUGGAGAGUUUGUCAGGCGCGUUGUUGAGGGGGAAUAUGAUUCGGAGGUGGGAAAGGUAAUUGGCGCUCAUGGUGUGCAGCCUUGGUGAUCUUCUUAGAUAGACAGUGACCUGCCCAAGGUACUGAGACUGAAUGGGGAUCUCCUAUGCUUGAAUGCGGACGUCAACUUCUGUCUCUGUCUAUGUCUUUCCCGCAAUCGGGUAGUUCUCUCGUCAUGUAAGCCCAGGCGCGUCUUCCAACUCCUGCAUCAACUCCCUCCACCAAACCCCCUCAGCACCAGCCCGUUCACCGAGCUGCAAUUCCCAAAGCCGCAAUCGUACCGCCUCAUAGUCUCUCCUAACCCGCCUCUCACACCACCACGUUCCUUCAUACCGACACAUCAGUCCCAGCCAGUACCCAAGCAGCCACAACGCCCUCUCAUCCCUUUCGUACAGGAGAGAUUUCAGUCCUCCAUGUAUCUUGGUGAGAAACACCCAAUUGACGAGAAUCAUCGAUUCUGGCGGUUGAAGACUCCUCAGAUAGGCAAGCGUCAUCAUUGCCGGUCCGAAAAUCUCAUUCUCGUCUUCAGCGCAGCAGUUGGAACCAGAAUCACUACUGAGAUUAUUGCUUCUAUCGCGCUUCAAUUUGAAAGCCCGGAUCCAAGUCUCAGGAACGAUAUCCAAGGUUUGGAAUUUCCGGAACUCCCUCCACCCGGCUUUGCCAGGACCGAACAUGAUAGGGUUUAGAAACGCUACCGUCCGAUCCGUGUACGCUGACAACGAAUUCGAGAGCGGUCUCAAACCAGCUUGUAG